AUGAUGGUCAAGCCAGAUUUCCCAGAAAAAAUCAUUGUUUUUAUGAUCACAGGAAUCGAUUGGAGAUGGUCCCAGAUUAUUUCUAGCCUGUUUGAAUUGAAAUAUACUUCCCAUGACUUGCCAGUGCUCCAAAAGCAUUUUUCCUGGGGGUUCUUGAUCCAUCUGAACACGAUGGUCGAGCCAGAUUUCCCAGAAAAAAUCGCAUUCUUGAGAUAUACAAGGUGUAGGAAUCGAUUGGUGAUGAUCCUGGACCACCUGGAGAUCAAUAUUGGUGACAUAUGGUGGUGGACCCAAAAAAGUCGAAUAUUGGAGAUAUGUGUCAUCGAAAUUGUCAACAACAUCGAGAUCCUCUUGGGUGCCUUGAAGAACAGAAUCCACAAUUAUCUCAGGUCCCGAAACCUCUUGAGCAUCCUGAAGUGCCAAUUGGGUAUUAACCUCCACUUCCACGCCAGACGGAGCCGCCUGAACCUGCAUGACCACCAAAAUUUAGUGAGAGCACAGAAACUGAAGGGCAAAUUUGAGAAUCUACCUCGAUAUUCGAGGGAGCAGGGUUAUGGCUACGGGAAUCCUUCAAGCGCUUGUUGCAAUCUUAGUCGUAUUCCAGGAUACUCAUUACACAUACCGAUCAGCUUUGCCACCGGGUCGGUGCUAGACGAAGGAUGUGAUGAUAUUUGUGGGUUUGUUGAGUUGAAUCCCUCGACAAUUUUGCCUUUGGUCGUUGUGAACACCUCUUAUGUACAUUUGCUUAAUGGCAAGGCAGUAAACACAAACUUCGCAUAUCCCCUGAUUCGCAAGUCGCUUGCCGAUGUCCAUGCGGAGUCAUGUGAGAAGCCUGAACGUGAUUAUGUAGAGUUUGCUAAGGAGUUCCGACUAACCCGGCCGCUCGAUCAAGGUGCCAAAGAAUGGGAGAUAGAGCAUAUUCUAGACCGCCGACAAUGUGGACGCGGAUGGCAGUAUCUCGUUCGAUGGCGCGGGUGCCGACCAGAAGCAGACGUCUGGCUGGCCGCCAGCGAAGUGCAAAACUCAGACGCGCUAGAUGAAUUCAACAAGACGCUUGGUUCGGACUCCGAGGAUGCUUACUACAUCAACAGUCACUGUUUCCCGCCGCCAGCACGGCGGGCUUCCAAAUCACAACCUUACACCCCACGUGCCAAGCGCAUCCUGCAGGAGGUAGCAAGAAGAACGUUGGUUAGGCUUCCUGAAGCCCAUUUUGGGUCUCAAAUUGCCCUGCGCUUGGCCUCAACCUGUCCUGAACCUCUACAGGGCGGCAUUGAGGGAACAUAUAUCUCUAAUACAGAAGAUGACUGUAUGACGUACGGCCGGCCCAUGUUCGAUGAGAAGUGUCAAAACUGUCCGAUACACCUCCUUACACGAUCGAUGCGAUGA